AUGUUAUUAGUGGCAUCAACGUUGUUUCUAUUAUCCAUAACUGUCCUUGAAGCUAGAGUACUGACGAUCAGCGAAAUACCAAUCACAUCGCACGGCCUCACGAUAAAAGUUGACAUUCAUUCCGAUGGAGCUACAGCGAGCCUAAAAAUAAUUGAAACCGAACGAAAUAUAACAAAAGUUGACGGCGAUGGUAAAGUGUAUGAGAAAGUCGUUCCUUCCUUUGACGACAGAAGCUUCAUAGACGAUAAUAAGUGCGCUGAAGGUUAUAGACGCGUAGGAACUAUUUGUGUCAAAAUAAAGCCGAAAGUGGGGAAGAAAAGUGUAGUUUUUCAAUAA